AUCUCUAAGCCUAAUGGGGACGUGCCGUGGAAACCUCCAACUGAAAGAUUGCCGACAUGUCAACCCGAAAUUCCUAUGGUCGUCUUCCGAGCGCGGAGUAGUCUGCUUCGCGGAUGGAGCCGGCUAGAGCUUAUAUGGGGUAAAUAUUUACACGAUGCCUCUCUCCGGGUCUCUUCCUGACUCUGAUAAUUUUAUUGACGUUCUGGAGAUCUGGAUACUUUCAUUUCGCUACUGACCAGUAUUGUACCAUACGCGCACAGCAGCCUUGCCAAUUGAUAACCCAUAACACACCUGUUCCCGUCUUGCCUGUACCCUUGUGCCGACACAGUAGCCAAGAUGCCUUCCACAGCCAUGUGCAUGCGAACACUGAGAGCGUACUCCAAGUAUGGCUCAAACCACCACUUGGUUCUCGCGAGAGCGUUUUCCGCCACCUCCCGCCGCGCCGAGAUCAACAAGGUCUACCCUUCAGCGGCCGAAGCCCUCAAAGAUAUGAAGUCCGACUCGACAGUAUUAUGUGGUGGUUUCGGUCUUUGCGGUGUGCCAGACACACUCAUCAACGAGGUCGUCAAGAAGCCAGAGCUUACGGGCCUCACCGCCGUAUCGAACAAUGCCGGAACAGACAACUCCGGGCUGGGCCAGCUGCUCAAGACCAAACAGAUCAAGAAGAUGAUUGCCAGCUACAUUGGCGAGAACAAGACAUUCGAGAAGAUGUACCUCACAGGCGAGAUCGAGCUCGAGCUUACUCCCCAAGGCACGCUGGCUGAGCGUUGUGCCGCUGGUGGAAAGGGCGUGCCGGCCUUCUACACUCCUGCAGCCUUUGGAACAGUGGUACAAACUGGUGACCUGCCCCUGAAGAACAAGCCCGACGGAACACCAGAGCAAUUCUCGUACCCCAAGGACGUCAAGGUGUUCAAUGGCAAGCCCUAUCUCCUGGAGCACAGUAUCCCCGGAGACUACGCUUUCGUGAAGGCAUGGAAAGCUGACAAGCUUGGUAACUGCCAAUUCCGCCUUGCAGCCAACAACUUCAACGGUGCCAUGGGCCGAAACGCCAAGAUGACCAUUGUCGAGGCUGAGCACAUCGUGGAGCCUGGCGAGAUCGCUCCGGAAGCUGUGCAUCUCCCCGGUAUCUACGUGAAGCGAGUGAUUCAGAGCACAACGGAGAAGAACAUCGAGAAGUUUACCUUUGCCAAGGAUGAGAACGAUCCUGACGCCAAGAAGGCCCUCGGAACUGGCGAGACAGCUGCCAAGAGGGAGAGAAUCGUCCGCCGAGCAGCCAAGGAGUUCAAGAACGGCAUGUACGCGAACCUCGGUAUUGGUAUGCCCAUGCUUGCUCCUAGCUUCGUCGGCCCCGAGGUCGAAGUCCAGCUCCAGUCUGAGAAUGGCAUUUUGGGUCUGGGACCCUACCCGCAAAAGGGCAGCGAAGACGCUGACCUGAUCAACGCUGGAAAGGAGACCGUCACCCUGAAACCCGGUGCUGCGGUGUUUGGCAGCGAGGAGAGUUUCGGUAUGAUCCGUAGCGGACGCAUCGACUUGACGAUCCUGGGUGCCAUGCAGGUCAGCGCUACUGGUGACUUGGCCAACUGGAUGUUGCCUGGAAAGGUCAAGGGCUUCGGUGGUGCCAUGGACUUGGUCAGCAACCCUAGCAAAACCAAGGUUGUGGUUACUAUGGAGCACACGGAUAAGAAGGGCAACCCAAAGAUCAUGAAGCAGUGCGCCUUCCCCCUGACCGGUCGCGCAUGUGUCUCGAUGAUCAUCACCGAGCUGGGUGUCUUUGAGGUUGACUUCGCCAAAGGGCUGAAGCUGGUCGAGAUUGCUGAUGGUGUUACCGUCGAGGAGAUCAAGAGCAAGACUGAGGCGCCAUUCACUGUCGCCGAGGACCUCAAGCCAAUGCUGUAAUGAUAUAUAUCUGCGAAGAACAAUUCUUCCAAUAAUGGUUUAAAAAUGUGGUGUAUAUAUUGGGCUAGGUACGGUGCACCGCGUUGGGAUGCUUUCUAAGUUGCGAAAUCGAUUUUCAUGAUACCACACAAC